AUGCUGUCCUUCUUGUUCUUCUCCAAGCAUCUCAGCAUUUCGCUGGUGGCCCUGCGCAGCGCGCGCCAUGGCUUUGCGCUCCCCCCGCGCUGGGCGCCUGGGCGCCCUUUGGGCCGCUGGCCCGUCGCCCUCAGCCGCCCGCUGACCUCAGCCACCGCCUCCAAGGACCCCGGCGGGUCCUCCUGCGGCUCCUCCCGAGUGCGCCAGAACUUCCAUCCUGACUCCGAAGCAGCCAUCAACCGCCAGAUCAACCUCGAGCUCUAUGCGUCCUAUGUGUACUUGUCCAUGGCCUAUUACUUCUCCCGAGAUGAUGUGGCCUUGAACAACUUCGCUAGAUAUUUCCUUCACCAGUCCCGGGAAGAGAUGGAGCACGCAGAGAAGCUAAUGAGGCUGCAGAACCAGCGGGGUGGCAGCAUCUGCCUGCAGGACAUCAAGAAGCCCGACCGGGACAACUGGGAAAGCGGACUGAAAGCCAUGCAGUGUGCUCUGCUCUUGGAAAAGAAUGUAAACCAGUCGUUGCUGGAAUUGCACACUCUGGCCUCAGACAAAGGCGACCCCCAUUUGUGCGACUUCCUGGAAACCCACUAUCUAAAUGAGCAGGUGAAGUCAAUCAAAGAACUAGGUGACCACGUGCACAACUUGAUUAAGAUGGGAGCCCCGGAUUGUGGCCUGGCAGAGUACCUUUUUGACAAACAUACCCUUGGAAAUGGAAACAAUCAGAACUAA